AAUCGCUGAAUAUUCUAAAACGUAUUUCGCCAUAUCUCGCAAUUUCUUGCUGUAAAUAUGGAGAGAGAAGUCGACUUUCUUGGAAAAUAUCGAGCAGUUUCUAGUAAGUUGAAGAAACGUUUUUUAAGAAAGCCAAAUGUAGCGGAAGCGAGCGAGCAGUUCGGAACACUUGCGAGGACCCUUGAAAACCAGGAGUGUCCCCAAUAUGCUGGUCUGUGUUGCUUAGCUCAGGCGAGAUGCGAACAGACGCUGGCGAAUUCACCGGGGGAGGCACACGCUUUGACGGAAGCAGCAAGGUUGUUUCUGCAUGCUGCCGAGAACGAUGAAAGCUUGUACUGCGCUCAUUUUGAUGAACAUCUCACGGCAGCCAUCAACUGCCAUAACCACGCAGUACGAGUGCUGACUGAACAGAAACAACCCGCCCUGGCAGCUACGCUGAGUCUACAACUAGGAAAUUAUCUGAGAUCUAUGGGAAAACCUGGAGAAGCUAUGGGACAUUUCCAAAGAGCCGCUGAGUUGCAAUUCCAAAAUCCGUUAGAUUGUCUUGCUUCACUGGGCUUAGUUGCAUCAUGUAAAAUUGAAACUCGCGAUUAUGAAGGGUCGCUGACUGUGUUAACAGAGAUGGAAUAUUUGGCUCAAGAACGUGGGAUUUGUCCGAAUAGCCCACACCUCAUUGGUGCAUUCUCUGACACGGUAGCGAGAUGUGAAAUCACGCGAGUUCUACUUCUAAUGUUGUUGCAGCCGACACCGCAUCGUAUUCGUCCAGAGCACGGACAGACAUUGGAACGAUACUCCUGGCAGUCAGUGGAAGACACAGACACUGCCAUCAGUUGUCUAAGUGAGGAAAUGUUUCUUCUUCUCCAGUCUGUUGUGAUGGCGUCUACUAUCGGUGCAUGUGGAGGACAGUACACUGGUGAUAGUGGUUAUAUAUAUUCCCCAAACUUCCCCGGCAAGUAUCCACGUGACCAGAAUUGUAUAUGGACGAUUACAGUUGAAGACAACAAUAUAAUUCAGCUUAGUAUAUUGAUGGAUAAGAUAAGUACUGGUGAUUACCUGGAUAUAAGAGAUGGUGAUGACGUAACGGCACCACAAAUUACAUGGAACAGCAUGACACUGUACAGUUCUAUAAAUAUAUUACGGUUACAAUUUUAUUCCAACUCAGAUAUGAACACAGACUUAGGAUUUGUGUUGACAUACCAAGGUAAAUCAUAUUGA